AUGGGGAGCUAACACUCAAUCUGACUCAGCCAGUCAGGGGGAAGAUAUGCAGUCUGGAUGGGUGCACUGUCUGCCUUCUGCUCAAGAGACAGAAGCCCUCUGUUGCUCAUUUGCCUCUCUGUCUGUUGUCUUUCUCUCUUUUUCUCUUCCCCUCUUCCCCUCUCACUCUUUCUCUCAAUUUCAAGCCAUCCCAUCUGUAUGUGAUUUAGGCGCAGGCUCAGGGGAGAGGCAAGUCCGCUAGGAGAGAGGAAUCAGUGCAGGGAGGGAGGGAGAGAAAGAGAGGAAGUCCACACAAGUUUGUUUAACAGGACUCAGCCCGGGCCGGGACUAGGCGCAGUGCCGCAUCUGGAGGUCGGAGCAGUGGAAAAGUGAAGCCAACGGGUGCAGCAGAGCAAGAGGAGCUGCCCAGAGACUUUCCUACGGCCAGGAGACACUGACAGGGACACAGACAGAGAGGGGGGAUCAGUGCUCCACUGGGCAAACACACAAAUAUGGCUGCUAAAUCUCUGUCCUGCCUCUGCCUUCUAUACAUCCUCUCAGGGAUUGUCUAUCCAGCUUCUGCCGCCAGGCUUGGGGAACAGCAACAGUCGGGGCUGAAAGUGUGUGGAAAGGGAUUUUUCCUGAGCGAGCAAAACUUAUGCUUACCAUGUAACUGCAAAGGCCAUGCAGACUACUGCGAUGACAUCACUGGUGUUUGUAAAAACUGCAGGGACCACAGUACAGGUGAUUUCUGUGAAAUGUGUGAAGAUGGCUACAUGCUGGCACGCAGCCCGGACGGACGCCACACCUGCCAACCCUGUGCCUGCCCCCUCUCCGUCCCCUCCAAUAACUUUGCAGUGCACUGUGACAGAGGAGGUGCCAUUCUGCGGUGCAAGUGCCAAGAAGGCUAUGCUGGACAUUUCUGUGAGAGGUGUGCUCCAGGUUACUAUGGCAACCCGAUGGCGAUUGGUAACUCCUGCAAGAGAUGUGAUUGUAACGGCAACUCCGACCCUAACCUGAUCUUCAACGAGUGCCACAACGUGACAGGCCACUGCCAGCACUGCUGGGGAAACACCGGCGGUGCCAACUGUGAGAGGUGUGCCCCGGGUUUCUACGGCGACGCCAUCAGUGCCAAGAACUGCAGAGAUUGCAAGUGCAACAAAUGUGGCACCUCUUCGUGCGAUGACAGGACAGGAGUGUGCCACUGCAAGCCGGGCGUCACCGGACGACUCUGUGACCAGUGUGAGGAGGGCUACUCUGGUUUCGCCAGCUGUCAGGGCUGUCGGAGGUGUGAAUGCGGGCCAGCUUCCAUCCGCUCCACCUGCCAUCCUCUCACCCUCAGCUGUCCGUGCCGCCCGGGGGCCGGAGGUCGUUACUGCCAGCGCUGCCUUCCAGGCUACUGGGACUACAGCCCCUCCGGCUGCCAGAAGUGUGACUGUGAGAGUGGCCACUGUGAUAUGCAUACAGGAGAGUGCCUGUCAGAGGCUGCAGUCAACCUGUGCAACAUCAGUUGUGAUGAGUGCAUUUGGCACCUGAUUGGGGAUUUGCGGCUGUCAAAUAAGACAUUGGACCAGCUAAAAGUUGGAGUGCUAAACAUCUCUACUGGUGCUGCCGCCAACGACAGGCUCAAAUACUACAACUACACUGCUCUUCGGCUGCAGACUCAGUUUCAAGGCUGGAGAAACAAGUCCUCCGUGAUGAAGGCCCAGGCUGCGGAGCUGGAGGAGGCCAAAGACGCUGUGGUGUUGGACAUCAAACAGCUGGGAGAAUCGGAGAGCGUGGUGAAGACUCUGGGGAACCAGCUGGAUAACGACACGUUGGAGACUUUGACCCUGGCUGAGCAGCUCAGCACAAACCUCACGGAUCUCAACGUGCGAAUCGAAGAGAUGAUCCAUGACUGGGAGCUAUACAGUGUCCACCAGGAUGUGGAUCCAGAGAUGGUCAGACGGAACUCUGAGGUGGCCCAGGGAAUGGUGACCUGGAUGAGAAAGCUGGAUCUGUCCCCACGAGAGCCCAUCGCCACUGACGAGUCAACUGAAGCCCACGAGCUGCUCAGGCGUAUCCGUCAGCUGGAGAAGAAGUUAAUGAUCACAGAUGGCCGCCUCCCACCUGUCAGGGAGCUCCUGUCCCGCUUCUCCAUCAAGCUGUCUGACGCUCAGGCCUUUCUACAGAAAGCAGCCAGCACCCUACAGGAGACGGAGGACAGGAACAAAGCCAACAUCCUCAAAUUCCAGAGAAAUGAGGCGAGGCAGCAGAGGCUGGCAGAGGACCACACUGCUGUCAAUGAAACACUGGAUAUAGCCAGAGGCUCCAUCUCUGAAACAGAGAGGACUGUGGCUGAGGUGGAUGCUUUAGUGCAGAAUGUGACAGAGUACCAUGCAGCAAUCGAUGGCGCCAGCCAAAUGCUGAUGGAGAAGACUGAGCGUCUCUCGCUGGCUGACAGAGCACUGGUGCAGAGGGCCGACGAUCACGCUGAGGAGCUGGAGAAACACGCCAACGAACUGGAGGAGGAUCUGAGAGAGAGCGAUGCCAAUGGCUUUGUGCAGAGAGCCAUAAGUGCAGCCAACGUCUACAACAACAUAGUGAAAUACAUCGAUGAUGCCAAUAUUACCUCGCUCACCACCCUCAACUUAUCCCAAAGAGCUGAAGAUGCCAUCACUGGGAUUAAUGCGCAGCUUGGGUACCUGGUAAAGCAGAGCGACAAUGUUUUCAAGGAGUCUGUUUCAUUACAUUCAGAACAAAUUGAGGUAGAAGGUGAGGUGGUUGACAAGCUGAAAUACAUUGAGGAGACCAAAGAGACCAUGGAGGAUAACACCAAUAAACUUGCCAAGAUAGUGGAGAGUAUCAGUGGAAUUCACACAGACCGAACACCACAGCGACUGGAGUUCACCCUGAAGGUGGCUGAGGGGACUCUCAACCGCUCCGCAGAGGUUCUUCAAACUGUCACCCCCAUCACCAGCAAGGUGGAGGAGUGGGCCACCAACAUGAGGAACAAUGAAUACUCUACAGAUGCUUAUGAGCAGGCCGUCUUGUCUGCUGGGGAAGCAGUGGAGAACCUGAAUUUUCUCGUUCCUGAGCUGCUAGACAAGCUGAAGGUUGUCGAGGAGAAGAAGCCUGUCAACAAUGUGACCACCAACAUCAUCAGAAUCAGAGAGCUCAUAGCCCAGGCCAGGAGUGUGGCCAAAAAAGUCCAAGUGUCCAUGAAGUUCAAUGGUCAGUCCUCAGUGGAGGUUCAUCCUCACAGCAACCUGGAGGAACUGAAGACAGUGACGUCCAUCAGCUUGUUCAUGAGAGUGGACCCUGAUAAGGAUCCCAUAGAGGACCGUUUUAUCUUAUACCUGGGAGACAGAAAUGGUAGGAAAGACUACAUGGGACUGGCCAUCAAGAAUGACAACCUGGUGUACGUGUACAACCUCGGGGGUGAAGAUGUCGAGAUCCCACUGGGUUCAAAGCCUGUCAGCCAAUGGCCCGCAGUCUUCAACUACAUUAAAGUGGAGAGGCUGGGCAGACAUGGAAAAGUCUUCCUCACCAUCCCCAGUCAGAGCUUCGCAGACGAGCAGAAGUUCAUCCAGAAAGGCGAGGCUCCAGGCUCUGACUCACUGUUUGACAUCGACCCAAAGGAUAUAGUGUUCUUUGUUGGUGGCGUCCCACCAGAUGUCAAGCUUCCACCUCCUCUGAGUCUGGCUCCUUUUGUGGGUUGCAUCGAGUUGGGUUCGCUGAACAACGACGUGAUCAGUCUAUACAAUUUCAAAGAGACUCACAAAAUGGAUGUAGUUGCAUCAACACCGUGCCCCAGGUACAAGUUGGCGUUUUCCCAGAGUCGUAUUGCGAGCUACCUGUUUGAUGGAACAGGCUAUGCACUCAUCAAUAACAUUGAGAGGAGGGGCAAGUUUGGUGUUGUCACAAGAUUUGAUAUUGCAGUGCGAACUGUCGCAAACAAUGGCAUCCUUUUCCUCAUGGUCAAUGGGGACAAAUAUUUCCUUUUAGAGUUAAAGAAUGGCUUCCUGCGCCUAAUGUACGACUUUGGCUUCAGCAGUGGCCCGCAAAUUUUUGAGAAUAAUUUGCCCAAGCUGCAAAUAAAUGACGCACGAUACCAUGAGGUGUCCGUGAUCUACCAUCAGUCAAAGAAGGUUAUCCUACUGGUGGACAAGAGCCAUGUCAAAUCCAUGGAGAAUCCAAAAACCACUCUGCCUUUCUCAGAUAUCUACAUAGGAGGGGCUCCCUCAAGCAUUCUCAAAUCUAGGCCCGAGCUGUCUGCUGUCGAAGGCCUGAAAGGCUGUGUGAAAGGUUUCCAGUUCCAGAAAAAAGACUUCAACCUGCUGGAGGAGCCUGGCACCAUUGGCAUAAGCAGUGGCUGCCCUGAGGAGUCAUUUAUGUCCCGUAAAGCCUAUUUCACCGGAGAGAGCUACCUGGGAUCCACGGCAAAGAUUUCACCUUUCGACAACUUUGAAGGAGGCCUCAACUUUAGAACGCUGCAGCCCAGUGGACUCCUGUUCUACCACAGUGAAGGGUCUGAUGAGUUCAGCAUCUCCCUGGAGAACGGAGCAGUGUUGCUGAACUGCAGAGGCACACGAGUUAAAUCACACAAAAAGCAAUACAAUGACGGAAGGACACACUUCUUAGUGGCCUCGGUGAACAAUCAGAAGUAUUCACUGCUGGUGGACGACAAGGACAAGCAGGACAAAAAACGUCCAGCAUCAGCCACGAGAUCCUCAUUGGAUCCUGCCAUAAAGACCUUCUACUACGGAGGGUCUCCGAACAGCAGCUUCAAGAACUUCACAGGCUGCAUCAGCUACGCCUACGUCAACAGACAGGACCAGGACAUUGAGCCUGAGGACUUCCAGCGGUACACAGUGAAGGUCCAGACCUCCCUGCAGGACUGUCCAGUCCAGCGCCCCCCUGCUGCUUUGCUGUCAAGGCACAGGGAACACACUUCUAGAGCCAAACAGAACCAAUCGCAGAAGGUAAGCAGGGAGUCUAGCCUCCCUCUGGGCCUGAUGGAACUCAAAGGUGAUGACCAGGAGCCAUCAGAGGUGAACAUCGAACGCUGCUACCUCUCCUCAAGUCCCAGAGCACCCCGCCGAGCCUUCCACUACGGUGGCAUCGCCAACAGCAGGCAGCACUACACAGACCUCCCAGACUCCUUCUCUGAGCGGUCCCACUUCUCCUUGUCCCUGAAGACCCACUCAUCCUUUGGCCUCAUCUUUUAUGUAUCUGACAUUCAAGAGGACAACUUCAUGGCUCUCUUCCUGGCCCACGGGAAGCUCGUAUACACCUUCAAUGUGGCGGACCAAAGAGUCAAAAUCAAGAGCGAGGAGAAAUACAAUGACGGUGCAUGGCACAAUGUUAUUUUUAUCCGUGCUGGGAGUAUGGGGCGGUUAAUAAUUGAUGGGCUCACAGUGCUGGAAGAGAGAGCUCAGGGAAGCAACAUCUCCUGGCAUGUCAGCAGUCCCAUCUAUGUGGGAGGAGUUCCUCCAGGGGCAGCCCAGAGGAAUGUUCAGAGAAACUCUGCAUACAGCUUCACCGGCUGUUUGAAGAACCUUCAGCUCAACGGGCAGUGGCUGUCCUCCCUGGCAGACACUUUUGGGGUCACUCCAUGCUUCGAGGGACUCUCAGAGGCAGGAACAUACUUCUCAGAAGAAGGAGGAUAUGUCGUGCUGGAUGAAACGUUUGACCUCGGGCUGAGGUUUGAGCUGGUGAUGGAGGUGCGCCCCCGUGUGGCAUCUGGGGUGCUACUGCAUGUGCGCUCAGCAGAGGGCUAUUUCACUAUGUACAUCCACCGAGGGGAGGUGGUGGUCCUCGUGAACGAUGGGUCUCGUGAGUUCUCCACAAAGGUGUCACCGAAACAGGGUCUGUGUGCUGGCAACUGGCACAGAAUCACUGUGAUCCGGGAUUCCAAUGUUGUCCAGCUGGAUGUGGACUCUGAGGUCAACCACGUGGUGGGACCUCUGAACCCCAACUCCACGGAUACCAAGAAGCCGGUGUUUAUCGGUGGAGCUCCAGAUGACUUCCUCCCAGAAAGAAUCGCCACCAGGAAGGCCUAUGUCGGCUGUAUGAGGAGCCUGACCAUCAAUAACAGCCAAGUGAGCUUCAGCAAAGCUGUUCUGGUCAGUGGAGCAGUCAGCGUUGGAACCUGUCCAGGGGCAUAACACUUGUGUCCAUGCCAUCACUGUCCCCCAAUACAGCACUGACCAAACACAUUAAAACUCUCUUUCUGUAAAACAUAGCCAUUAAGAGAGGCAUUGUCACUGUUCUUUUCUCUCUUUGUCAGAUGUCUGACCUGUCUUUUACUGUAAUUUGUCUCGUUCAUUGUUUUACAUGAAAAUAUCUCAUGCCAAGAAUACGACCAAAUGACCCUAAAUUUAAAAAUGAGCAGGAAAAAAACCCAUCACUUAUAAGAGAAUGUGAACAGAUUUCAGGUUCAGAGCCAUUCUGAGGAUCCUACAGUGUAUCCAUAAAUUAGACUUUAAUCAUUUCUCCAUAAUAGAAAGUCUUUACUUCAGUUUUUUAUAAUCUCACUGGCACAUUUUUUCUACAAGCUCAUGUUCAAAACUUUCCUUUUUGUACUGUUAUUUCUGAUGAAUAAAAAUAUUUUACAUCCACA